AUGGCUGCUGCGAUUGAGGUCGAGUCUGACGGCUCUGUCCGAGAUCUCUUCAAGGAUCCCCCGUUUGACCUUGAGAACGUCCGCUUUGAUGUCUCUGGCCAGGUCUCCGAAGGUGACCUCGAUAAAGAAACUCUGGAGACACUCUACGAACAAAUACUCCGGGCAAUCUACGACAAGAUUGGUGUCACUGACUGGUACCCCCCUGGACAACUUCCAAACUGUCAUGAAGCCACUGUCACGCUUCUCAUGCAGAAUCAGCGUCUGAUUUGGACAGACUCUUUUACCAAGUUCACCGGCUACAGAACUUGUGACAGACUGGCUAAAGACAUCGCUGGAAAAGGCCAAGAUCUCCCUGAAGACAUCAAGAAUCUUAUCCCAUGCCCCUCUGCACCUGUCCUUUUGUCAUAUGUUGCUCUGGCCAUUUUUCGAAAGCCACCUACGGGAAUCCUCAAGUGGCUACCCCUCGCCAUUCGUAUCUAUGAGAGGAACCAAUCCCGCCGAAUCUACAUCUCGGUUGAUGACAACUACGACCUUGAUGAUGGGCGUCAGAGCGAAUUUAUUGAGCGCAGAGGGAAAAAGUAUCUUUGUGUCAAGAGCCACUCUGUUGAUGACUUAGUCUUCCAGCAUGAGAUUGACCAGUAUUUUAACUCUGGUGAGUCUCUUGAGUCUGAUAACUCCGACUCUAGCUGGGGGGGCUUCAGUGACCACGACAACCACUUGGAUGAUGAAAUGGAAAUUGAUAGCCUGCCCAUUACUUCUGAUGAGUCGGUUCAACUCCUUGGCUCUGGUCCUCAAUCGGUUCAGCCCCUUGACUCUGGUCCUCAAAUGGAUAUUGACAGCCAGCACGUCACUUCCAAUGAGUCGGUCCAGGACCUUGACUCUGGUCCCCAAUCGGUGAUCGAGGCAGACAUACGAACCCUCAUUGGAACCAUCGCUGAGACUUCCGCGAAGAUCGAUGCUAUGGAGGAGCGCCUCAAUGAGACCAUCGCUGAGAUUCCCGCGAAGAUCAAUGCUUCUAUACAGAAUGGGGCGGAACUAUACAAACAGGCAGUCCUCGGCGCCCUUCAAGAGUCCGACAUUUUCAAGACUGUCAUCAAGGAAGCUAUCGCCAAAUUGCAGCCACAGGUCAAUCAUCAAGCUGUCAUGGUAGGACGUGCAGUCCUCAGCGCCCUUCAAGAGUCCGACAUUUUCAAGACUGUCAUCGAGAGAGCUGUCGCCAAAUUGCAGCCACGCAUCAGUCAUUCAAUUGACGAUGGUAACAAUGCCUUGGAUGAGGAUACUCAGUAA